CAGCUCUAACAAAUCAAAAAGAAGAAGCAUCAAAUGUGAUUUUUGUGUUUUUAUUUGAGGAAAAACCUUACAAAUAAAUAUUUUUUUACAAAAAUUUCUGAAAAAACAUAUAAACUAUUAAGAAAACCGCAUAAAAUUAUACCGGAAAUAUGAGUUCAGGUUUUGUAACUGAAACAGAAAUCAAUGAAGCCCGCCAGCGUAGGCAGGAAGAAUGGGAAAAAGUCAGACAGCCCGAUGAACCUUUAGAACGUCCCGAGGAGCCGUACGAUGGCCGUUCUCUAUUUGAACGUUUAAAGGAGCAAAAAAUGAAAAAGGACAUGGAAUAUGAAGAGGCCCACAAAUUGAAAAAUCUAAUUAGAGGCUUAGACGAUGACGAGGUUCAAUUUUUGGAGUUGGUGGAUAAGAAUAAAAUGGAUAUGGAAAAGAAACAAAUGUUGGAAGAGGAACAAGAACUAAAAGAUUUUCGUUCGAGAGUGGCUACUUUGCAAGAAGAAUCGGUUGAUAAGAAAAUCCAAAAUGACCUUAAAACCAAAAUAAAACCACAAACCUCCACAACUACCACCGCACGUCUAUCACAAAAAUCUCUACUGGGUAUUGGUAUUAAACGUAAAAAUGGUGAAGUCAAGUCUCCAGUAGGCGACAGCAGUAAACAAGUCAAACUAGACAACAAAGAGGAGAAACCCGCCGUUACUCAGGUGAAAGAUAUUAAAGAUCUACCUUGCAUUCAAACGGACAAACUAGACAAGGGCCAAUUAAAGUGUGUAGCCAUAUUGCCAGGUUUAGGACCGUAUAAUGAAUCUAGUGAUUCGGAAAUUAGCAGUGGCAGUGAUGACGAACCUCAGGGCUGUGAGGAUAAUGGUAAAUAUGAUUUGGUGGGACGUAAACAUCCCAAAAAGAAACAUGAUCAUCAGGAUUAAAAUGGGGGAUUUUGUAGUAGUGUAUUUUUUUAAGUUUUAAUUGUUUAUUUAAUGAUUAAAAUUAAAAUAUUUAAAGAAUAAGAAUGAAUAAAAGAUAAUGCUUAUUGUACACAUAUUAA